AUGGCCCAGGUGGUGCCCAGGGUCGCGCUGGCGGACUUGCAGCUGAAUGUGAGCGGCAUGGUCAGCCCCAUCUUCGCCACAGCAUCCGAAAAGCUGGCAGUUGGGCUGUCGCGCAGCCGCGUUGUCGUCGUGUCGCUGCCGCCGGCGCAAGCCGCCGCGCUCAAGGCCGGCCUGCAGGCUCUGCUGGCCAGCGGCACACGCAGCCUGCCGGGCUGCGACGUGCACGAGUGGCGGGCCGGGGAGCCCGCAACAGCCACCAUUGAGGAGGCGUAUGGUGUGAUGGACGGCACGGCGCGCCUCGUGCUGUCUGCGCUGUGCAGGAGCAGCCUGCUGCGCCUGCGCUCUGAUGCCUUCAGCCCCAUGCUAGACGACCUGCCGCUGUCCCGCAGCGCCCAGGGCAGCUCCUGCCUGGCCGCCAAGGCCUUCAUAGACAACUUCAGCCACCUGUCGGCUGCUGAGACCUCGGCGGUGUGCAGCAACCUGUUUGCUGACCCUCAGGAAGAGGCGAGUGAGCGGGGCCUGGUGAGCGUGUUUCACGCCAGCGAGGCGUGGGACCCGCAGGCGGGUGCGCUGUCGGCCUGGCAGGUCAAGGACAGCGAGGGGCGGUGGCAGGGCGUGGCGCUCCGCGAGGGAGAGGUGGCAGUCACCCUUGGUCACACCAUGCAGCAUGCCUGCACGGGGCUGCUGCAGCCGGGCUGCCACCGCGUUGUGGGCGACCCCUAUGCCGGCUCCGGCGGCUUUGGCGGCCCCCACACGCGCUCCAACAGCGACAGCGACAGUAACAGCAGCACCGCCGGCACCCGCAGGCAGCGGCAGCAGCAGCCCACGCAGGGCCGCACGCAGCUGUGCUUUGAGCUGCGCCCGCGCCCCGCCGCUGUGCUGGACCUCCGGCCGCAGCUGGAGGCAGCAGGCCACACCGUGAGCUCCAGGUUUUCUCCCAUGUCUGUCAGCUGCCUGAUGGAGCAGUUUGAGUCGCUGCUGUCCCCUUCCAAGCUGGCCACGCCCGACCAGCAGCAGGGCGCGGCGGCGCACUCGGCAUGGGAGGAGCUGCAGGCCUCUCUGAAGAGUAACAAGAAGCGUACCAGCAUGGCCGCUGAGCUGGCAGCCGCCGACCGGCCCGUCACCCGCAGCGGCAAUGUGCGGCGCAGUGCAGAGGGGAUGGUGUGCCAGCAGCGGCCCAGCGGCCGCAACAGGCUGGCGUCUGGAGCUGGCGGGGCAUCCGGGCAGCAAGAGGAUGGCGGGGAGAUGGAGUGGGAGGAUGGGCCUGCCGCCGGCACAAGGCGCCGCUCCUCUGGCGGCGGCCGCCCCGGCUCGAUCGGCGGCAGUGGCGGCGGCCCCGCCAGCCUGGGCGGCGGCGGCCAGCGGCGGCGUGACAGCCUGGAGCCGCCCAGCUCAGCUCUCUACCUGGUGCGCGGCCGCACCUGCACCGUGGUGGGCUCCUGCCUCCAGGACGAUCCAGCCGACUGCCUGGCUGUCUGCGUGCGUAGCUUCACUGGGCUGGAGCGCUGGUUUUACUGCAACGCCACCACCCGCUGCGGCGCCAUUUUCGAGAUGUACUGCGCGCGGCUGGGCAUCAGCCUGGGGGCAGUGAAGUUUCUGCUGCGCGGGGAGCGCGUGUUUGGCGCCACAACACCCGAAGACCUUGAGAUGCGGGAUGGUGAGGAGCUAACGGCGGUGCCCGACAGCAGCGACCAGCGGCAGCAGGCCCGCGAGCUCGGCCCUCUCUAUGCCGCAGUCUUUGGCAAGCAGGCGGCGGCGGCGGCGGCGGGGGUGGACAGCCUGGCACAGAUGCUGAGGCGAUGA